UUGAAAAUUUAUUAAAAUAGUGUUUUCAUUUUUAUAUUCCGGAAUAAUUAAUACUAUAUACUAGACUUAACAAACGAUAUUAUUCAUAAUUUUUGAUUUAUUUACAACAGAAAUCACUAUGGAUCAGAAAGCAUUCAAUGAGGCUGUGAACGACACCAUGGAUUUAUUGGACAUGAACUAUUCUGAGGCUUUAAAAGAUACCAUCAGUCAGUUCCAGCAAUUGGGAAUGGACAUGAGCGGAAUAAAAAUAGACAUAGAAAAAGCCACAGAUCCACUGCCAUCAUCACUUUUUAAAUUAAAAACUUAUUAUGAAACAUCUGUAUGGGAUGAAUCGAUAAAGGAACAGAUUGUGAGUAAUCUUUUGAUUGUUGAAAACGAAUGCAAGACACACGAAGGCCGCCAUUUGUCCAAGUUGAGUGGUGCUUAUAAUAUUGUGUGUGGAUAUCUAGAGAGGCUUGCUGAACUUGAUGUUGAUCAAAAAGCACAACUCAUUAAGACAUUUGAUUCACUCCUUGGAGGUGGACAAGUUGUGUAUGGUAAAGCAUUAGACAUUAUGGUUGAAUUGUUGAAGAAUACUAAAGAUGAAAAAGUAUUAUUAGCUCUAUUAUCCUGGUUCAAAACAAUUAGUGAACUUGAAGAUGAAAGAGAGGAACUUCGAAUUAUUGGUAUAGGCGAUAUUAUGAAAGACAUUUUACAAUCAAAUUCUUCAAAUGAAGCUGUGAUUAUUGCAACUUGCCAAUUGAUUAGAGCCCAGCUACGUGAAGAUAAUUGUAGUGGAGAUUUUUCUAAUGCAGGGGAACGAUCACGACUUUUUGGUUGUGAACUAAUGUUACCUCUACUUCAGUUGUUAAAAGAUGAUAAAAUAAUUGAAUUGGAAGAAGUAACUAGUGAAAUAUUCUUUACCUUAGCUACAAUUAUUGUUCGUUUCGAAUUUUGUCGGAAAUUCAAUGAAUGUGGAGGUUUAUUGAGACUUAAAUUAGCCAUGGACCGUCAUUGCACAAUGAGAUUGAAUUGUCAGGCUUUUAAACUUCUUAAAUCACUAGCUGGUGAUGAUAUUGUAAAAGACGAUAUCAGAAAAGUAGGAUUUUGUCCACUCAUACUAUCAGCCUUACAAAGACAUAUAAACAACAAACAACUGUGUAUUGAUGCAAUGAAGUUAUUGACAGCUUUGACAUUGCGUUCUCCACAAAACAGUGCUGAAUUGACCCAACUAGGUAUUGCAGAACUUAUUGUUCAAGCAAUGAAAGUGCAUUCGAAUGAUGACAAACAUCAGAAACAUGCCUGUACAGCUGUUCGCAAUAUAGUUUCAAGGAACCGUGAACUAGCCUCAGAGUUUUUGGCGCAAAAUAUUGAAAGCAUAAUUGAAAAAAUAAUAAGUCAAUAUAAAAAUUGUGAAUUUGAAGCUAAAAGUGCUUUACGAGAUCUGGGCUUGGAUGUUAACUUUGUAGAACAAUGGACGGGUGCUGGGCAGAAUUUAUCAUCGUAAAAAUUAUGUUGAAGUUAAAAACCACUGUUCCAAUUCUAAUAAUUAUUAAUUAACGUGGAUUUUUCCCCACAUUAAUCACAAUAACUUUACUAAUUUUUGUUACUUUUAUAUUGUUUAUAAUAAAUAAUUAUUACACUAAAAUAAUAUACUAUAUUUUGCUUUACGCUUAUCAUAUAACUUAUGUAUGAUAAUUGUAAUUUAUUAUAUGUCAGAGUUGAGUAAAUUAACUAGUAUCUAACUCUAUUGAGAAUGAAUUUAAACAAUAGUCAAGAAGCUCUCAAUAAUAUACCUAUACAUUAAUUAAAUAUACUUAGUAAUAAUACUUUCACAAAAUUGUGUUCACAAUUUAAAUCUAUUUCAUCAAUUUUUUUUUUAUUUGAAUCUCAGCCAUUUGUGUCAGUAUAGCGUUUAUAAUAUUGCCAUAAUGUUCUAUGUUACAUUUCAACCACUUUGUUUGCUUAUUAUGUACAAAUAUACUAUAAACUUCAUGAUUUUCAAUUUAUGAACACACUUGCAGUCACAAAUUAUAGUAUGUAUUUUGUAUAAGCAAUACAUAUUUCUAUAACGUAUAAUGGUUA